GUGUAUUUCAGAAAAUAGUUCAUGCUUGAUCAUUCCUUUCAAGAUCAAGCCCAAAGGCAUCAGUUUCCUAUCCAAAGCACACUGUUGUUGGAUGCAAUGCCCCAGAGCAAAGCAGCGAAGCAAAGAAAGAUAGGCGUAAUAGCAAGUUCUUCAGCAAUGCUAUUGAAAUAUCGAAUUCAUUAGGAAGCCUCUGAAAGUGCUUGGAUCAGGUUGGGAUGACUGAGUCCUGGAAGCCUGUUCUGAUUCUGAUGAAAGGCCACCCUGGUUCUGGGAAGUCAACAGUGGCUCGCUGCUUAUCAGAGCUGACACGUAUCUGUAUAAUUGACAAGGAUGACGCCCGAGAUUGCCUAACAUCUCUGCAGAGCUUUGCUGACACUACGAAGGUGAAUUUGAAUGCAUUGUCCUAUGGAAUCAUGUGGCGGUAUGCACAAACCCAGCUGCUGUGCAGAAACAGCGUGAUAAUAGAUUGCCCACUGGCCAGGAUAGAGCUCUUUGAAGAAGCCAAAUGCAUGGCUGAGCAGGCUUCUGCUAUUCUCAUUGUCGUGGAGUGUCUUGCAUCGGAUGUCGCAGUGUGGCAGUCGCGACUUGAGGCACGGGCAUCAAUCGAGGCUGACACGAACAAGCUGCAUAAGCCAAAUUCUUGGGCAGAUCUCCAGGCCCUUCUUGAGCGGUACAAUGGAUGCGACAAGUGGAAUGGCACCACUGACAUCGAAAAUUAUAUUUCUAUUGACACAACAACAGGACAGAGCCCACAGGAAGUUUCUGCAGGGCUUGUCAACACAUUGGCAUCCAAGGGGCUCGUACAAUUAUCGAGAGAUGCUGGGCGCAGAAUGUAGUUCUUGUGUUUCAGGAUGUUGAGCCACCAUAUGUGGCAGCACCUGCCCAUAAGAUAGUUGAAAGAGGUCAUGAUCAUCCUGAAAAAAUUGCCCUAAGGCUUGGGUGAGGAAUUGGGUCCUGAAAUUGCACGGUGCACUUCACAGUCCAGGAUUGAAUCUGGAUGACAGUGGCGCUGUGCACACGAGGCGUUACAACCCAGCUCUGGGUCGAGAUUCUAGUGUACCUUCCCGAGUGCGACCGAGAGCUCGAGACCUCAGCACGUCAAAAAUAUCGCGGGAUUUCCCUGUCGUUGAAAGACGCCUGUUGUAUUUGUGCCAAACACUCUGGAAAUCAAUCAAAAGUGACGUCGGCGGACGACUAACUUAUGGCGUGCCGACGGAUGACGUGGCAGAUGCAAACAUGUGAGAACU